AUGUAUCUGUCUUGCUACUAGAUUUGUUGGCUUCCAUCAGGGUGAUCCUGAAUCACUCGGGAGUCGGACUAGCCCUGACAGUAACUAGGCCCAAAUCAUUCUCAUUCUAAUGAACAAUCAGGAAUCCAGCCCACGUCUGACAGGGAAGAACCUGGUCCUCCCAGCCUGGUUCUGGGGCCCAGCAAUCAGAGCUGCCCAGCCGAGGACAGGAGUCCUGGGGACUCUGCUGGGCCUUCGUGUCGCCUGGCUGAGGAGGAGGGACACAGAGGAGGCUGACUUACUAAGAUGAUGAAAGGAUCUUGCUGCCUGUUUCUGAAUAGCACCCACUAGGGGCUGAAACCAAUGAGCCACUCUCUCCCACCAAAGAUAGUGGAUAAGAAGGAAGUGAGAGUCCUUGGCCAUAAAUUCCGAAAUCCAGUGGGAAUUGCUGCAGGAUUUGACAAGAAUGGGGAAGCGGUGGAUGGCCUUUACAAGAUGGGCUUUGGUUUUGUUGAGAUAGGCAGUGUAACCCCAGAACCUCAGGAAGGAAACCCCAGGCCCAGGGUCUUCCGCCUCCCAGAAGACCAAGCUAUCAUUAACAGAUACGGAUUUAACAGUCAUGGACUCUCAGUGGUGGAACACAGGUUACGGGCCAGACAGCAGACGCAGGCCAGGCUCACAGAAGAUGGGCUGCCGCUGGGAAUAAACCUGGGGAAGAAUAAGACCUCGGUGGACGCUGCCUCCGACUACGCAGAGGGGGUUCGAGUCCUGGGUCCGUUGGCUGACUACCUGGUAGUGAACGUGUCCAGUCCCAACACGGCUGGGCUGCGGAGCCUUCAGGGAAAGGCUGAACUGCGCCGCCUGCUGACCAAGGUGCUGCAGGAGAGGGAUGCCCUGAAGGUGGCCCACAAGCCAGCUGUCCUGGUGAAGAUUGCGCCCGACCUCACAGCUCAGAACAAGGAGGAUAUUGCCAGCGUGGUGAGAGAGUUGGGCAUCGAUGGACUGGUCGUCACGAACACCACAGAGAGUCGCCCUGCCAGCCUCCAGGGUGCCCUGCGCUCUGAACGAGGAGGGCUGAGUGGGAAACCCCUCAGGGAUUUAUCAACACAAACCAUCCGGGAGAUGUAUGCACUCACCCAAGGCAGAGUUCCCAUCGUCGGGGUUGGCGGUGUCAGCAGCGGGCAGGAUGCGCUGGAGAAGAUCCGGGCGGGAGCCUCCCUGGUGCAGCUGUACACGGCCCUCACCUACCGGGGCCCGCCCGUGGUGGGUGGGGUCAAGCGGGAGCUGGAAGCCCUUUUGAAGGAGCAGGGUUUCGCCAGAGUCACAGAUGCCAUUGGGGCAGAUCAUCGGAGAUGCAUCUUGCAUUGAUUUGCUGGAUCAUGGAGAAAGCAAGGGAAUUCCAGAAAAAUAUCUACCUCAGCUUCAUUGUCUAUGCUACAGAUUUUUGUGGAUCACAACAAACUGUGGAAAAUUCUUAAAGAAAUGGGAGUACCAGACCACCUUAACUGCUUCCUGAGAAACCUGUCUCUAUGUGCAUCAGGAGGCAACAGGUAGAACUGAACAUGGAACAACUGACUGGCUCCAAACUGAGAAAGGAGUAUGACAAGGCUGU